AUGGCCAACUUGUUUAACAAGGGCAAGGAGCGUCGUCGGACAGCUAGCGCCAUCAAGGAAAUCAACAAAGAUGUCCAAGAGGUGGCCAACAGGCGCGGCAGGUACACAGUCGAUAAUAUUGUGCCUAAGCCUACAGCUGGGACGACUAUCGAUCCUCGUCUCCGCGCUCUAUACACUGAAGCUACACAGCUUGUCGGCAUCUAUGGGAAGAGGGAUCAAGAGCUUCUCAAGUUAUUGUCUUUGGGAGAUAAAGAUCCCUCCAACAAGAGACCAAAAGUAGUCUCCGUCGUUGGAUUCGGGGGAUUGGGCAAGACCACUCUAGUCAGAGCAGUAUAUGACAAGAUCAAAGGUGGUUUUGAUUCACGGGGUUUUGUUCCGGUUGGUCAGAAUCCUGACAUGAAGAAGAUUUUCAGGGACAUCCUUAUUGGUCUAGACAAAAAUAUGUACACUAAUAUGAAUCUCAUGGUAUUGGAUGAAAGACAACUCAUCGAAGAAAUCCGGGAAUUCCUUCACGACAAGAGGUAUCUCGUCGUAAUUGAUGAUAUAUGGGAUGGAAAACUAUGGGAAGAUAUCAAGUUGGCUUUCUCUAAUAUGAACAAUCUUGGCAGUCGCCUAAUCACGACAACCCGCAUAUUAAGUGUAUCCAUAGCAUGUUGUCCUUCAACUCAUGAUUCUAUUUAUCAAAUGGGACCUCUCUCGGAUAGUGACUCUACAAGGCUCUUUUGUAAAAGAAUAUUUUCAAGUGAGAAUAAAUGUCCUAGUGAACUUAAGGAAGUAUCUAGAGAUAUUUUGAAGAAAUGUGGCGGUGUACCAUUAGCUAUCCUUACUAUAGCUAGUCUUCUCAUUGUUGGUCAUCAGAUCAAGCCAAAAGUUGAAUGGCAAGUUCUGCUAGACUCAAUUGGGCGUGGACUUACAGAAGAUGCAAGUAUGGAGGAAAUGUAG